GUGAGAGAAUAUAUGGUCCACUCAACAACGUCAACAACGCUGCACAUCAUCUCCGCACUUAUUCUACUUGGCACUAACACUAAUAAUAUUCUAUUUAUUAGACAUUUGUGGUUAACAACCACUUCCAAUAUUUUUUUUGUUCUGUUUUCCGUGCAAAUCGUGUCGCAUAAUAAUUGGGCAUGUGUAUUCAUAGGGUUAAAGCACAACCAAGACUCGACUCGAACAUACAUUCAUCACACAAAAUACUCAUUCUGUGAUUAAGUACUUUUAUACUUGUCGAAUAUCUACAACAGACCGUGAGGCUGGAGCGAUAAGAUAAACCAGCGUGUACCUUUUAAUGCAUUAAUACUCAAGCAAUGUCCUUUUAUCCAAUAGCAGGCUGCACUUGUCACAAUCCAUGACUCACAAACUAACACAUUAAUAAUAAUUCAAAAGGAUAUUAUCAUCUCGCAUCCGUCCAUGUUUUUCGCGUCUACAGAAGUGAGAAUCAUGUUUGAGUACAAUAUUUGCACAGCAUGAUGUGGCAAAUUGAGCAAUGAUCACUUCUUUUGCGAUGCGUUAUUAAUCUGUAGUAAGCACUUGCACGUGAAAAUAAGCGAUUCACUGAUCCUGAGAAGACAGCCAGUUUACUAUCGAUAGAAACUCGGUGAUGGUUUUUAUUUAAAUUAUAAGAGUUAAUUUUACUCUGUAAAACCAAGUUGAGAUUAUACAAAAAUCAAGUCUGUGACAUGAAAUGAGAUAAUCAAUCAUAUUUACAUAGGUACAGAGACAGGAUAUGUACGUAGGUGCAUAUGAAAAGUAGUUGGUGCUAUGAAAAGGUCAUAUCUUCCAAACAGGAAACACAUUUGUGGAGCAUAUUUUAGGGUUCAAAGUGUUCAAAAGUUUUUUCUACUAUUAACUUUUGCAACUUUAAGUCUGCUGCUAUUUCUUAUCUGCGAGGAGAAAUGGCUACAACAAGUUACGACGGGGGUGGGGGGAGGUUCUUCUGGAAGGUGGGAUAGGAAUAAGCCCCAAGAAUCCAAGAGCUACAAAAAUUAUUUUCUUAAUGCUGCGAGAUUAAAAGAUAUGGGAUUAGUUGUUAAUACGACACAUUGCAAAAUCACUGAUUUUAAUCCAUGGGACGAAGAAAUCAUCCCAUUUAUCAAGGCUGCACAACCAUUAGAAGACUGUUUAAAGACCAAUUAUAACUGGUCCUACAUUGAAGCCGAUGUACUCGUUAUGAAUGCCGAGGCCAUGAAAGCUGACGGUCACGUAUUUACCGAUGAGUUUUGUUGUUACAAAACUAUUACCCGAAAAAGUGAUGAUAAUCUUAUUGCUAAAAAACUAGCAGAUGAUAGUAUCUCUUAUUCAAGAUGCGUUCCAAUAACUGAUGAGAGGACGAGAAUUGAUUCAGAAUUUAUCGUAGUAGAAUGUUCAUGGAGUCGAUUCACGAAUGUGCACUAUCGAGGUUUUCAUGGGAUAGCCACGUCUGAGGGAAAUGCUCGCAAGGCAAAAAUUCAGGGGAAAGUUGACUUUUGGAAGAACAGAAAAUCUUCCAAGCAGGAUGAAGAGUUACCACCGAGCAUCCUUGUGGUCGGAAUUGACUCCACGUCCAGAAUAAACUUUAGACGAAAUAUGUUCAAGACGCAAAAAGUGCUUCAAAGUUUGGGGGCUGUUGAGAUGUUUGGAUACACAAAAGUUGGCGAAAAUACAUUCCCAAAUUUCUGCCCCAUGUUCCUGGGCUAUAGUGCUGAAGAUGUAUUUAAAGUGUGCAUGCUCGACUACAUGGAUUAUCAAGAUGACUGUCCCUCAAUCUGGAAACAGUUGGAUGCAGCAAAUUAUUUGACUGCUCAAACCGAAGACUCGCCCGACUUCACGGCUUUCAACUAUAAGAAGGCUGGAUUUGCAAAUCAACCAGUGGAUUUCUAUGCUCGUCCAUUAUUUUUGGGUGCCCUUGAUUACUCACUCCCAUACACGCUGAAUAUGAUCAGGGGAGACCACAUUGAUUGCGUAGGUUAUCAAACUAACGACGAGGCAAUUACGACAUACAUGGAAUCCAGUAUGGAUUUUGCUCACAAGAACAAAGCCCCGAUUUUCAGUUUUUCAUGGAGCACUACUCUGGCACACGACAACCUAAACAUGAUUCAACUAGUGGACGAAACUUACUCAAAUUUCCUCACUAGAAUGAUAAAAAAAGGUUAUCUCAACAACACCGUGCUACUAUUCAUGGGAGAUCAUGGAUAUCGGUUUGGAGCUGUGAGAGAAACUCUUAUUGGUUAUUAUGAAGACAAACUCCCAAACUUAUGGAUCCGUCUUCCUCCAAGAAUUCAAGAAAAAUAUCCAGACUGGCAAAAAAGUCUGGAAAAUAAUUCACGGCGGCUAACAUCCCCCUACCACUUCUACUGGACUUUGAAUCACAUUAUCCAAACAUUUUCUCCUUCUGUGCUACCACCCCAGUCUGUAAAAGAUCUCGAAACUGGAGCUGUCAUAGAUCGCAAAUAUGUUCAAAAUUUCCUUGAAUCCGUCCCGGAAACAAAUUCAUGUUCAGACGUGGGUGUUCCUCAACGCUAUUGUGCUUGUUAUCCCGUAGUCUCACUUCCUCUCUCAGACUCGAAUUUGCUGGAAGGUGCUGAAAGAGCAGUAGAAAAAGUUAAUCAUGAUCUCAACCCUGAAGGUGAUGAAGGUAAAAAAUUAUGUGUUAAACUGACUGUGGGAAAAAUAACGGCUGGUGCUAAAAUGUACGCGGAUGGGAUAAUUCGCUAUAUUGUUGGCUUUGUUACUUUUCCUGGAGAGUUUCUUUUAGAGGCUGAAAUUGAUUUUUUCGUCAAAAACAAUACAUUUAGUAGCGUGCCAAAUGUACAAAGAGCUAGCAAAAUAGACCAGAGACAUGUUAAAUGUGUUACGGAUCCAAAGGUCGAGCUAUUUUGUUUCUGCAAAGAUUUUACUACCUAAAUUAUACUACUGUUAAAUGUGAAUUAUAUUUACAAUGUUUGAAAAGAGCUCUAUGUACUAGAUAUAUUUUGCAGAUGAAAUUGAACUGAAAUACUCAUAAAACUGCUUCCUCUUUGAGAAACAUAAAAUAAAGUGCUGGCGCAGUGAUAAAAGUAAAUUA